GCGGGGCCUGGGCAGGGGGGAAUGAGGCAGCCGUGGCGGGCCAGCGGCCGAGCCGUGUAGCGGAGAAGCGGCUCUCCCUCCCUGCUUUCCUUGGCCGAGCCGGGGACGCGCGCGCGCGCCGCCGUCCGGAGCGGGCUCCCCACCCUCCACUCCCGCGACCCGCACAGCACCCCCACCCGGGCCCGGAGGAUGAUGAAGCUCAAGUCGAACCAGACUCGCACCUAUGACGGCGACGGGUACAAGAAGCGGGCCGCGUGCCUGUGUUUCCGCAGCGAGAGCGAGGAGGAGGUGCUACUCGUGAGCAGUAGUCGCCAUCCAGACCGAUGGAUUGUCCCUGGGGGAGGCAUGGAGCCCGAGGAGGAGCCAAGCGUGGCAGCAGUCCGUGAAGUCUGUGAGGAGGCUGGAGUAAAAGGGACAUUGGGAAGAUUAGUUGGAAUUUUUGAGAACCAGGAGAGGAAGCACAGAACGUAUGUGUAUGUGCUUAUUGUCACAGAAGUGCUAGAAGACUGGGAAGAUUCCGUUAACAUUGGAAGGAAGAGAGAAUGGUUUAAAAUAGAAGACGCUGUCAAAGUGCUGCAGUACCACAAGCCGGUGCAAGCGUCGUAUUUUGAGACGUUGAGGCAAGGCUACUCGGCCAACAACGGCACCCCAGUCGUGGCCACCACGUACUCGGUUUCUUCCCAGAGCUCCAGGCCAGGCGUCAGAUGACUGAAGACUUCGCGUAAGAGGAAUGGAAAUUGGAAACUAGACUGGGGCGCAGAUCUUCCCUCCCUUGCUCUUUUCACCUCUCCUCACAGGCCUCCUCUCCAAAUAAGGCAUGAUGGGCAGCAGAGAAAGGGGUUCUUGAUGGUGUUGCUAUUUGGUGUUAAGUGAUGGGCUUUUUCUUCUCUUUUUAUGGAGGGGGUGGGGGGUGGGUGUGUAAUUUGUAAGUACUUUUGUGCAUGAUCGGUCCCUCCCUUUUCACACCCCUACAAUUGUCUAGAGAGACAGACAGCCUUCCCUCGGCCUUGGAUUCUGAAGUGUUCCUGUUUGUCUCACCCCAGCCCUGGCCAGACGUUUUUUUCUUUGAUUUUUAAUUUUUUUUUUUAUUAAAAGAUACCAGUAUGAGAUGAAACCUUUCAAGAAUUUGUCCUCUAAUGAGCUGUUCAGUCCAGGAGGUUGGUCACUUCCCCCGGCAGGGUACAUUUAUCUACACAUUAUAUACUGGGCAUAUAAUAUGUAAAUAAAUGACUUUUAGAAGAGGAAUUUAACUGUUCAAUUUUUCAAGGUUUUGUUUCGUUUUUUAAAUUCGGGGUGUUUCUGAAAUGGAGAGCCUCGCAGUUAAUUUCCCUUUUUGUUUUUUGAUGCUAGUGGCUAGGUAAGUGUCCCUGUCCCCUCUCUUUUCCCCAGUCACUGACUGUAGUUACAUAGGGUACGGAAAGAGUUUAGCUACCUUUGUAGCACUCCCAGAACUCAUGGCCUUCUCAAAGUUGUGUUUCCAUUGCCAAGAAAGACAUAGAAAGAAACCAAUUUUCUUUUCUAUUACCAACCCGGGAGCAAAUGGCCUCUGCUCAGACCUGGAGAAACAAUGACAGAGAUUGGAGUCCUCUGUACAUGUUGACAGUAGGGAUUUGAACUGGAUUCUUGGGAUCACUAUCUAAAAAACUAGAGCAUCAAGCACUGUUUCUGUCCUGCGGGUUGGAAUUUUUUCCAUUAUGCUACUUAACCGCCAACAGUGGCUUCUCUCCUCGUGCAUCCAUGCCUUACACCGUGCUGAACUGGACAUUGUCCUUGUGCAGAAUCAUCCGCUGGCCCGGGCCAGUGCAGGUGUAUGGUCCCAUCCCCUCCUUGGGUGACCAUGUUUAAGUUCCCGAAAAUUACACGGGAGGAUGAUUCAGGUGUCUGCUUAUCUUUGCAAUGUGACAGCACUUGGAAUUGCACCAUGGAGCAUGCUCAGAAAUAGUCAGUGUGUCUCCUCCUGAGAUGUGAAAGGUCCAUCUUCUGCUGAGAAGUGGCAUGGGAGAACGCUGGGUGGUUGACUAGAACGACAUCGCGCAUAAGCCAGCUGCAGACUCGUGUUGGUUUUUGAUACAGGCUUUGUGCUGGCUUCGUUUGCCAGUUGUGUCAUUUAGUUGGGAAGUAAGCAGAACGGGGUCUUGAGAUGGAGUGGUGAGUCUAGGAGAGCGGACACUGUCAGUCCCUGGCUUAGGACAUGCCGUUAGUGGCAUCUUCCUUUGUCAAAAUGUAGCCAGGAUGUCAAAUGAAAAUCGUAGUUUUCUUUAUUUAAAAAUUCUAAUAAAUACUCAAACUUUGAAAAGCUUUUGCUCUUCCCUCCCACUAAAAGAGAUGUAUGUAUACAUAUAUAUAUGAAGAUGUAGGCCUGUGUCAUUCAGUGUUCAACAUUUUGAGGGGACAUCUUUCGAAGAACUUGAAAUUUCGCUGUGUGUCUCUCAGUUUGUAUCUUCUUUCCCAGUCUUGAGACACAGAACCACCAAAGGGUGCCCACAGUUUCCCUAGAAUACUGUCCUACCUCUGGGAAAGGCAUCCUGUCCCUAGGUAACGGUCCCAGUGGACAAACCGCACCACGGGAUCUGAGUUUAAAUACCAACUCGCUGUUCGCAUUUCUUGCUCCAAAACGAACCGACUGCCGCUUGUUGCCCAGUGAAGAGCAGUCUGAGCUGCUGCCCGUGUAAGCAAAGGAGAAAAUGUAACAGGUUCAACCAAGCACUAAGUGGAAUCCAAAAGACGUUCUUCCAACUAAAUUCUGCCUUUACGAGAUGGACUAAAAGUACUCUGCAGGAAAACAAGCAGGACUCCUAAAAAGAGAACUGCAGCGUUGCUAGUAAUUUGUGCAUUUUUUCAUGAUCUAAAGAUGUUUUUACUGGGCCGGUGUCACAACACAGGACCCUACCGAGUCCAGUGUGGACUGAUGUUGGCAUCUUUGGGUCAGGAGAGUGAACUGUGCCCAGAGGUGUUUUUCAGUGACAUGAAUGGGUCCUAUUAAGGCAAUUAACUGGGGAGAUUGUGCUGAUGCUUUCUUAACGGACAAAAAGAAGCUUUGUCCAACACCAGAAUUGUGGAAACUGGUGCUAUUUUCUGUUACACUGGGAUCCUGAUGAGCGAGGAUUGGUGUUCCUCCCUCCCUGGCACCGUUAACAGCAUGGCUAUCUUCACGGCUGUGUAGUCAUAGCCCUUCUGUGAUAGAUGACUCAGACCCAUGGUCGCGGUGGCCUUUACUCUUCCCCAGAGAAAGCAAGGAGAAACAGAAGAACGCACACAAGUAAUCCCACUCGGAGAGGCUUUCUUGGACACCGCUUUGCCGUGAACUCUGCAGGUACGCGCCUCAUUCGAGCUUGACACAAACAGGUUGCUGUGUGUGGCGCAGACGCAGUCUCACAGUGAGUUUGCCCUUCAGGAUACUGGUUUAUUACUAGGGCAUCCAUCAUAGUCCACCGUGCGCCGGAUGGAGAAAGCACUGGGGAUUUCACUUUGUUCACUUCGUUUUCAGUUUAUCGUUUUGCAGCCACUGGGGAAGCAUCAGUGAGGUCAUGCCAUCUUUUUGGACCAGGGCGGGGUGUGUGUGUGUGUGUGUGUGUGUGUGAGAGAGAGAGAGAGAGAGAGAAGGGCUACCAGGAGUCGGCUGUAUCCAGUUUGUUUGUAGCCUUGCAGAAUGAUGUGGCCUAUGAAACAAGAGUCCUGAUCUUUCUCGUAGCAAACCUGGCAGGAUGGAAAAGUUAACGAAUUGACAGUUUUGUUUUUACAAGUGUCUGCUGCCCCAUCUGCCCUGCGUGGAGAGGGCUCCUGCGAUGCUGAGUCUGAGCUGAGGCCAUCUGGAGGGAUCAAAGCGUGUGGGAGGAGCACCCCCCGUGAGGCCGAGGAAGGCCUCGAAGGUGCAGGAUUUCCGCCUUCCUCCUGGCGCGGUAUAGCGCCAUAGAGCCGGGAGGCCUUGCCUCUCAGGGCCUCUGGGGAACAGAGCGGGUCACUGCUCCCGGGAGGCUUCUGCAGCAGUUUUGUAAACGCAUUGCUACACAGUCAAGUUCCUUCGUGACACAUAAUUUCUGUUUUGACAUUCGGAGUCAGUCCAUGUAAGGUCUUUUAGACUUGCUUAGAAGAAAAAAAAUUCACCUUUUGUUGCAAAAAGCGGAAUAAAAUGUCCACGCAGAAGUGUUCUUCCUCCUUCUUCCCCUUUCUCUUGCCCACACACAGUUCUUGUUGGAGGCCCCCCUUUCCCCCCAGAACAUAUGUAAUCAGAGAAGUAAGCCAACUCUCACCGGACCUGGCUAUGCAUCUCACAUUGUACUGUAUAUGCUUGUCGUUUCCACCUAGUGCUGGGGGAGUGCCUCUGUUGGUCUCCCCACCUGACCUUUUUUUAAAACAGCUUAGCCUGAGCCGCAUUUCUUUUGGUUCCUUAAAAAGGAUUUAAUAACCACAGUGCGAUCUUUGCCACGACUGUGUGAUUUUUAGUAUUUCUGAAGUGUUCUCGAAGUCCAGCCUAGUUGAGAGGAAAUUUAGAAUUAGAAGAAAUACCUAGAGGAGUCGUCACAAUGGGCUCAAUUUUGGUUUUAAGGGAAAUGAGGAUUAGCUCUCGUUUUUACUCCAGCCUCGUCCUGGUCCUUUCUGCAUUUCAGAACACCCACGUUUAUAACAAAUAGGAAACCUGUUAGCUCAAGAGGCUCUGGAGCGAGGAGAUUAUCUAAUGGUGAUUAUACAAGGCAAGGGCUCUUGUGGUUUGUGGUUCUUAUUCUUGAAACUCUGAAAGAGGUCAGACCCGAAGCGACACAGGUCGUACUGCCCUGCCGAGGUGACAGCCGUUCCUUCUGAGCCCUGCUGGGAUGGAACCCGUUUCCCCAAGGCCGUGGGGGGGUGGCUUCCAGGCUGGGUAGCUGCCGAUGUUUGUGACCUCAGCCUUGCUCCAUCCGGGCACCCAUCUCACUCAGGGUAGGUGGGAAAGCAGCCCAUGGUCAGCCUAGGUUCUCUGGGGUGAGCCCUGCAACAGAGACUUCACUGUCCUGGAAGAGCUGGGUUCCAUUGUCGUUUUAGACGGUCACUCAUAAAGCAGACAUUGGAGAUUUUCAGGGAGUAAAUUGGGAAGCACUGGCUGCAGUCCAUGAAAGCCACUGUUGUCUGUUGAUUAGGUAACUUGAGGUGACCAGAGGCCCUGGGAACCUGGGGAUGUGAGGCAGACUCUAAUCUGGAGGCCAGCAGCCUUUCUGCUUCCACCUCGACAGAGGCACCUUCACUCUUUGACCACAUUUUUGCUGUAGCUGAUGACCUUUCGGGGAUGUGAGAAGCCUGAUCAGAACAUCCGAGCAAAUGAUACCUCUCACUCUUAGAUUCAUGAAAUAGUUCGCCCUCCUAGUCCCCUUAAAAAUGAAUAAAUAAAAAGAGAAAGAAAGGAUGCUGUUUGGUGAGGGUGUGGAUGCACUGCUUGAGCUGAGGCGGGUAGUCCCGUGAUUCUGUGUCUGCAGUAUGAAGCUUUCUGAGUCAAAAAGGCAUGUCUCUCCCCGGAAGCUUUAUUUAUAGUGAAGAUUUGGUGAGCUUUAGUCUUCUAAAAAAAUGAGAUGGUCCACUUGAAGGGGAGCUCCACAGGGAAGCCACAUCAACUCAGAAUUCAUGCCAGGAGGGAUUCUGCUACAGAAGAAAGUGCCUUUGGCCAAAAAGCAAGAUUAAUAUCUAAAAGGUGGACAAGCAUUGCUUCUGUUCCUGCAGCAACCAGUUGUUGAAUAAUUAACUCUCAGUUUCCUUUGGUUUACAUUCUCAGUUCUGAACCCCAUACAGAAGUCCCUAGAACAUACCAAAAAAGGCAUCUAAAACUCUGGAGAUUGGCUUUAAAAGACCCAAAAGCAGCUGCAUUGUCAUUUUCCAGGUUCCUCGCCAUUUUGACAUGCUGCCCGUCCUUUCACACUCUGCAGCCAGCCCAGAUGUGAAGACUGGAUUCAUUGACUUGAGGAACCUCAGUUCUAGUUCUGGAACAAUUACCUGCUAAAUUGCUUACUGCCUGUGGAAGUUAUCUGUGGGGUGUACCUUUCAGAGAACAUUUCAAUGGUAUAGUAAAAUUCUUAUGGGCUCACGGGCCCAAUCAGGCACUUAGAUCAAAACUGGAAGUCUUUGGGGCUCCUUGGGGAAAAAGCAAGUCACCUAAAUCCCAGUGCUGGGCCUUGAGACCAUACUCCCCUCUGCCUAGUAUGGGGUCAAGUGGCACCUGCAGGAAAUCAUUUUUCCAGUGAGAUUGCCUAUAAGUCCCUUGGGGAAGAAUACCCAUGUAAACCUGUUUUUCUGAGCACUUUUAUGUCAACUUGAAAGUGGUAAGCUAAAGUAGCCCUGACCCCGUAGCCUCUGUCCCCCUCUUUAUUGUCCCGUAUUUGGGGGGUUAAAAGCUUUUCAGCGUUAAACCCUGGUCUUUAACCUCUGUUAGUUGUGGAGGAGAUGAGUCACUAACAGAUGAUCUAAAGGAGACUCUAGUUUUGAUUUCCCGAGUACACUGGCAUAACAGAUGUGACUUAUGGCUGGGAAAGUAGAGCCUGAUGGACUCUACUUUCUGCACCAGGACACCCCCACACCAGAAAGGAGCCUCCACCGGGGACAGAUCUGAAGUCAGGUUUGGGAGAACCCCCAAAGUGCUGAAAUGCAGAGAGGACUUCAGGGGCCUUUGCUCCGCAGCUGGGCGGCUUUUGUUCCUCCCAGGAACAUGGAGGAGCUCCAGAGGCUAUGGCAGACAGUGAAGUCACAGGGCACAGACUCAAACCAUCCCUUUUGCCGCUUCUCACAUGGCUCGUGCAUGUUUUGCUCAGAAUCCAAGGGGACCCUCCUCCAAAAUCUCACUGGCUUCAGGUGUUUUGGUUAGCCUUCAACAACCUCCCCCUUUCUCUCCCACCUGUGGGUGGACAGAACUGUGUUUGUUGCUCCAGGCACAGAUGUGCGAGCCCAGGGCCCAGCAGCACAGUGUGGUGUUUAGUGGUCAGAAAAAAAGUCGGUCCACUCUGUUAACAGUGUGUGGUGCAGUUUCAUACACGUCGGGUCUGUUUUUAUUGUUUCGUGGUCUGAAAACCUUCAAGCUCCAACCUUACCCUACAAGAAAAGGCAGAUGGUUAGACUAAGAAACCUUCAGUUGGUACUUCUGUCUUAGGAAAGAUUGCUGUCGGUUUGCUGGGUGCUUAAGGAGUCAGGAGCAUUUGAGGAUAUUGGGAGCUGUUGUAAAAUUAAAGCAAGUGGCUCUGGCCUACCCAAGUGUAUCAGAGAGAGGGCGUGGAGGCCUAUCCUCUGGAAAUCGGCUCUGGCCAGCCCCGCCUCCGUUGCAAGGACCUUACCUCCUGUCCUCUCCAGUGAUCUUGGGAGGGACAACGCCUAAGGAGGCGGCGAGGCUCUGCCUCCUGUUUGCUCAGCUGCAGAAUGUGGCCUCCAAACAAUAGGUUUUUUUAAGGGGCUUCCUCACCAUGAUUCCCUCCACAUCACUCACCUACCGUCAGCAUCGGACAAGGUGAAAUUCCCCGGGACCAUUCCAGUUCUAAAAUGGAUGAACUAGAUGUGCUGCCUCCCCUUUUGCAAGUGUAUUGUCCAGAUACAAUCUCCCUUUGGCCAAGUUGGACAAGUAUUUCCAGGGAACCCCUUAAACUGAGGCAAGUAGCCAAGAUGUUUUGAGUUUUUCCCCCAGAAGGCCGAGUCUUUGUCCCUUCUCCCAUGUGCACAGACAUUUUAGCCGAGUCUUAAAAGAUCAAGUCCAAUAAUGUCUCCAUUACUUAAAAGAUCAAGUCCAAUAAUGAGACAAAAGCUAGGGGCCCAUGCCCCCAGGAACCAGUCCCUGGGGGAUCUCAUGUUCAACCUAGACUGUUCUGAUCCCACCAGAAGUCUGCUGCUGUCCCCACCCAUCAGGGUCCCCCAUAUUCCCCAGAAAGCAAACAACUUGGGCUUCCUGUCAUUAGGUCACCGGCGUCAUUUGGUGACCAGUCUACAGAGUGAAUGUGUGUACCACCUGUGUGGGUGGUGUGCCUCCUGCUUGCAGAAAGGGUAGAAAGUGGAAUGUCCAGCAGCCUGCGUACUCACACCCUUGGGAGAGGUUGGCAGGAAUAACUCCAGUGAGUGCAACAAAACAGGAAACCGAGGAACCGCGAUUGUACAGGAGGAUGAGUUGGUUUUGGUCCUUUUACCUCUUGGGACCUGAUGCUGCAGUAAACUGGGCUUUGAAAUAAUAUCACACUUACCCCAACCCAAAUGCACUCCGGGACUUCGGAGCUCCCAACCCAUGGGUGCAUGGUCUUUUCCAUUUUUUGUUUCCAAAACAGCCUUGCUUGGUAUUGCAUGGAAAGUUCCAGUUUUCCUUCCUACCCACUUGGGGCCACCUGCGCAGGCCUGGCCCCUUCCCCAGUAUCUUUACAGCACUCGUAGGAAGACCUGUGCAGUGCCCUUUGGAGCAGGGGAGUGGAACUUGGUCCAGAUAAAGCAGCAGAAACGGAAUUUUCUUGUUACCUCUUCUCAAGGAGGGUGUUUUUGGUUUUCUUCAUGCCUCUGUUUCCUGUGGGUACAGUUGGGUUGGGAGGGAGAGCUGAAAAGAAAAGGAAACGGGGUCCAGCCAGUCCAGGUUUGGGUCCGAGACAGGUGUCCAGCUGAUGUGAGUCCCACUUUCCCCCCCUUCAUAGCAGGCCAGUCAUACGUAACGAUUCUCCUUUACUAAGGUGUCUGCUUCUGUGGUGCCCGCAACAGAGGACAGACAGACCCCUCCCCUGUAGUCUGGAUAGAGCUUCAGUACUUUCCCUAAAGUUCCAUCAUCCCCAUAGCCCACUCCUUUUUGUAAAAACAAAUGCUUAAUCCUGUGAGCGUGCUAUUCCUUUCUGUGUGUUAAUCAGUUUCCUUCCAUUGGAGCUGUGUGGGAGGGAAGGGCAUUGGAAUUGUAGGUUGUAAUCUUGUGCCAACCAAUAAAAACCAGUAUUUCACACACGUC